AUGAACACCAGCAUCACACCCUCCAACUUUACAAUUGAUGUGCACACACAUGCCAUCCCUUCAUACUACCGCGACUCUCUGGUCGGGGCUGGGUACAACGCAACCGAUGCUGAGCAUGUCUAUGUCGACGGUUUCCUGGUCCCAGAGUUCUCAAUAGAGACGUAUCUGACGAACCGCAAGAAAUUCGGCUACGAUUUCUCGAUCUUGAGCAUUACCUGCCCGGGAGUGUCGUUCUUGCAUGGCAACUUGGCUGCGAAAAUGCUCUCACGGAAGUUGAAUCAACAGCUCUUUGAAUGGGUGAAAGCGAACCCCGAGGACUUGGGGGCUUUUGCUGUCGUUCCGCUUCCCAAUGUUGAUGCAGCAAUCGACGAAUACUGCCUCGAUGAACUGAAGUUUGAGGGCGUCGGUCUCUUCACAAAUUAUGAAGGCGUAUACCUGGGCGACCCAUCGUUUGAUCCUCUGUUUCAAGAAUUGGACCAACGUAGUGUGACAGUCUUUGUACACCCCACUGCGCCAAUCCCUGAAGUAAAGCUGGGCGCGAACAUCUCAUCGCCAGUCAUAGAGUACCCCAUGGACACGACGCGGGCUAUCACAAAUUGUCUUUUUCGAAAAUUUGUCCAAAGGUUCCCUAACGUCAAGAUGAUUUGGUCUCAUGGUGGAGGAGUGCUCCCUUUCCUGGCUGACCGGCUUGCGCUACAAACCACAUUUCCGUGGCAGGGAGGACGGAAAUAUGAAGAUUCAUACCGUGACCUGCAGUCUUUCUAUUUUGAUACUGCUGUAACUUGGAGCAAACCUCAGCUUGCUGCCCUCAAGGCUUUCGUUAGUGCUGAUCGCCUGCUGACGGGGACUGAUUACCCUUAUCUGCCGGAAAGCUAUAUACCAGUGGCACAGGCAGGAAUCAAAGCAUUCUCGGGCAACGAGGGCUUUUCUGAGGAAGAACAUCAGAAGAUCAGGUUUCGAAAUGCGCUCGAAAUUUUUCCCUCUAUCAAGGCCAAGUUCCCUGAGCUCGCUUGA